AUGGAGGCAAACCAGACCGCCGAGAAAGCCAGCCCCAACAUGGGCACUGCCUCGCCUUCCCUGGAGGAGCGGCCAAGCAGCCAUACGCCACGGCCAGAUCGUCCCAAGAGUCGCAUAUCUUGGUCCAUUCGCCUGAAUCCGCUGAAGAGCAGCACAAUUCCUCCCGUGCCAGAUGAGAGACAACCAUCUGGCGAGCACACCGCCAGUUUUCUGAGCAAACUCAUCUUCCACUGGGUCACCCCUCUCAUGCGCGUCGGUUAUCAGCGGCCCCUAGAACCAAAUGACAUCUGGCUCGUGAAUCCAGAUCGGAGCUUGGACGUUCUUGAGGGAAGGUUCGAUGCCGAAUUCAAGAAGCGUGUGGCUGCUGGAAGCAAACGACCGCUGCUUAUGGCUCUCGUAGUCACUUUUAAGAAAGAGUUCUUGCUCGGUGCGUUUUGCCAGUUGAUGAGCACCAUCGCACAGACUUUGUCGCCUUUUCUGUUGAGAUUUCUCAUCUCAUUCGCUACGGAAGCCUUCAAUGCCAAAGCGUCCGGUGCUCCUGGACCAAACAUCGGCUAUGGUGUUGGUCUAGUCAUUAUCAUUACUUCCCUACAGGUAUUAAUGACGUUUUCUAUCAAUCAUUUCAUGUACUGCGGCAUGACAGUUGGAGGCGAAGCCCGCGGAGUGUUAAUGUCACUGAUAUUCGCAAAAUCACUGAGGAUCUCCGGACGGGCCAAGGCUGGGGGCUAUGUCCUGCCCCCACCGAGCAACGUGAAGCCAGGAAGUGACAGUGAGAAAAGGUGGUACAAAAAGGCUCUUCCAAAGGGGAAAAGAGCCAAGAACAAAACGGACCUGUCACCACCGACAAUAAGCGGCGAUGCGGACGGAUGGAGCAACGGCAGGAUCGUCAAUCUUAUGUCAACAGAUACUUAUCGUAUCGACCAGGCCUCUGGAAUGAUCCACAUGCUCUGGGGCUCGCCGCUGUCCAUCCUUGUUACAAUGGUUCUACUUCUUAUCAACCUUCAGUACAGCGCUCUUCCGGGACUCGGUCUCCUAUUCCUUUGCACGCCCGCCCUCACAACAGCAAUUCGGGCACUGUUUAAGAGGCGCUUUGCAAUCAACAAGAUCACUGAUCAGCGGGUCAGCCUAACUACUGAGAUCUUGCAAUCGAUCCGUUUUGUCAAGUUUUUCGGUUGGGAAACCAGCUUCUUGCAGCGUGUUCAGGCGAUACGGAAACGGGAAAUUCGAUCCAUCCAGAUCCUUCUCGCCAUUCGCGAUGCGAUCCAAGCUUUGGCAAUGGCCAUUCCGGUGUUCGCAUCGAUGCUUUCUUUCAUUACAUACGCCUUGACCAGCCACACAUUGAAUCCAGCGCCGAUUUUCUCUUCUCUAGCACUAUUCAAUGGUCUUCGGUUGCCACUUAACAUGUUCCCCAUGGUUGUUGGUAACACUAUCGAUGGUUUUGCAUCAAUCAAGCGCAUACAAGAGUUUUUACUGGCCGAGGAAGCUUUAGAAGACGCUGACCAGGACCUCAACAACGAGCAUGCCGUCGUCGUCAAAGAAGCCACAUUCACGUGGGAAAAGACUCAGACCCAAGGAACAGACGAAGGAACCCGGACUCCCGACUCUGUCACACUCGCCGAGCCAUUCAACUUACCCAAUCUCACCCUCACAGCUGGCCGCUCUGAGCUGAUUGGCGUCAUAGGCAGUGUCGGGUCUGGUAAAACCUCACUGUUGGCUGCCCUAGCCGGUGACAUGCGGAAAAUAUCUGGCUCCGUCACCUUUGGGGCAUCAAGAGCCUUCUGCCCGCAGUACGCCUGGAUUCAAAACGCCACCGUGAGGGAUAACAUCACCUUUGGUAAGGCAUUCGACCGCGAAUGGUACGACAAAGUGACGGAAGCUUGCGCCCUACGUACCGACUUUGCUAUGCUUCCCAACGGAGACAAAACUGAGAUCGGCGAACGUGGCAUUACGGUAUCAGGCGGCCAGAAACAACGCAUCAACAUCGCCCGCGCGAUUUACUUCAAUUCUGACAUCGUUUUGAUGGACGACCCAUUGUCUGCAGUUGAUGCGCAUGUUGGUCGGCAUAUUAUGGACUCUGCUAUUUGCGGGCUGCUAGCAAACAAGUGCCGCAUACUUGCAACUCAUCAGUUGCAUGUACUUCAUCGGUGCGAUAGGAUCAUCUGGUUGGACGGCGGUGUUAUCAAGGCUCAGGGCAGCUACCAAGAAUUAGUCGCGCAGAAUGGGGAAUUCGCCGAUUUGAUGACUCUCACGUCCUCGAACGAGGAGGAAGUGAAGAACGACAAGUCCGAAGAGGAGAGCUUACAUGUCGCCGAUGAAAAUGAGAAGCUCAUCAAGGUCGAGACUGCGAAGUCCAACAUCGCGCUUAUGCAGGCUGAAGAGCGUGCUGUCAAAGCGGUGUCCUGGGGCGUCUAUGGCGCUUGGUUGAGAGCAGGCGGCUCCAUUCUAAUCGCUCCCCUCGUGCUCAUACUGCUGAUUGGUAUUUAUGCGGGCCUCGGUGGCGGCCAGGCCAUUUUCAUGUUUCUCUUUGCUGUGUCCAUCUCCAUUUUUGGAACACGGGCAAGCAAGGUCAUGUUAAAGCGCGCGAUGUUCAGGGUCCUUCGGGCGCCGAUGUCGUUCUUCGACACUACGCCCCUGGGCCGAAUUACCAACCGCUUUUCUAAAGAUAUCGACGUGAUGGACAAUAACCUCACUGAUUCUAUGAGGAUGUAUCUCCUCAUGCUUGGUCAGAUCAUAGCCACUAUCGGCUUGAUCCUCGCAUAUUACUACUACUUUGUGGCAGCCAUGGUCCCCCUCAUGAUCGUAUUCAUCUUUGCUGCAUACUACUACCGGGCAUCAGCGAGAGAGAUCAAACGACACGAGGCUAUACUGCGGUCCCAUGUGUUCGCCAAAUUCAGUGAGGCUGUCUAUGGCACGUCCACGAUUCGGGCAUAUGGUGUGCAGGACCACUUUCUGAGAACGAUACGACAGACGAUUGACGAGUUUGACGGCGCCUACUUCCUUACAUUUUCGAACCAGCGCUGGCUAAGCCUAAGACUAGACGCGAUUGGUCUUAUAAUGAUCUUCGUCCUCGGGAUGCUCGUGGUCACAUCGCGGUUUACAGUGAACCCCAGCACCGGGGGGCUUGUUCUAUCGUACAUGAUCAGUAUCAUGGGCAUGUUCCAAUUUGCCGUUCGGCAGAUGGCGGAAGUCGAAAACGACAUGAAUAACACAGAGCGAAUUCAUCAUUACGGAACAGGCCUUGAAGAAGAGGCCCCUCUUCAUGUUGGCCAAGUCCCCGCUGAGUGGCCCCAACAGGGCAGGAUUGUCUUCGACCACGUUCAGCUACGCUACCGGGCCGGACUGCCACUGGUUUUAAAGGACAUCACAAUUGAUGUUAGGGGUGGCGAGAGGCUAGGUGUUGUUGGUCGGACAGGGGCUGGCAAGUCGAGUAUCAUGCAAGCUUUGUUUCGUCUGGUUGAGAUAUCAGGCGGUUCUAUUACGAUCGAUGGGCUUAAUAUCAGCAAGCUUGGCCUACAUGAUCUUCGAUCCCGUCUAGCUAUCAUACCGCAGGAUCCAACCUUGUUCAAAGGUACCAUCAGGUCCAACCUCGACCCGUUCGAAGAGCACUCAGAUGCAGAGUUGUGGUCGGCACUCCGGAAAGCGGAUCUUGCCAACGACAGUGGUGAGGGUGGAAUCGGCUUUGAUUCUGUUGUUGAGGAGGAAGGCUUGAAUUUCUCCCUCGGACAGCGUCAGCUAAUGGCUCUCGCUAGGGCUCUGGUGAGGGACUCUAAGAUCAUAAUAUGCGACGAAGCCACAAGUUCGGUCGAUUUUGCCACAGAUCAGAAAGUGCAGCAGACGAUGGAAGCUUUUAGGGGCAAGACGCUGCUGUGCAUUGCGCAUCGCCUCAAGACCAUUAUUGGCUAUGACCGUAUCUGUGUUAUGGAUCAAGGAUACGUGGCAGAACUUGGCACACCAGUUGAAUUGUUUGAUCAAGGUGGCAUUUUCACGAGCAUGUGCGAAAAAAGUGGGAUAGGAAGGGAAGAUAUAUUGGAGAAGGUGGCGGAUAUUCACAAAAGAUGA